AUGACUGGCUACAUGUCAGGCUAUAUGACUGGCUACAUGUCAGGCUAUAUGACUGGCUACAUGUCAGGCUACCUGUCAGGCUACAUGUCAGGCUACAUGUCAUGCUACAAGUCAGGCUACAUGUCUGGCUAUAUGACUGGCUACAUGUCAGGCUAUAUGACUGGCUACAUGUCAGGCUACAUGUCAGGCUACAUGUCAGGCUACAUGUCAGGCUACAUGUCAGGCUACAUGUCAGGCUAUAUGUCAGGCUACAUGUCAGGCUACAUGUCAGGCUACAUGUCUGGCUACAUGUCUGGCUACAUGCCAGGCUACCUGUCAGGCUACAUGUCUGGCUACAUGUCAGGCUACAUGUCUGGCUACAUGUCUGGCUAUAUGACUGGCUACAUGUCAGGCUAUAUGACUGGCUACAUGUCAGGCUAUAUGUCAGGCUACAUGUCAGGCUACAUGUCUGGCUACAUGCCAGGCUACCUGUCAGGCUACAUGUCUGGCUACAUGUCAGGCUACAUGUCUGGCUACAUGUCUGGCUAUAUGACUGGCUACAU